AUGGUUCCAACACAGAGAACCCAAGCGUUGAUUUGUGUCUGUAAGUAAGUAAGUAAAAGCUUUAUUUAAAGAGGGUAGCACUAAAUAGCCGAGGCUAAUAAACUUGUGGCCCUCAUUCAUAACUAGUAUUAAUUACAUGCUGAUGUUUAAAAUAUAUACAAUAUUAUAAGCUAUUUACAAGGUUAAAAACUAUGACUAUAAAUUAGAUCGAUGUAUAGUUAAUAAUAUUUGCUAAUAGAUCUAGAUACUAAAAUGAUGUAAAAGUUGUUGGUCUUUGAGAAUGUUACUCCACAAAUUGUUCUUGAAGCAGUUUAACGAAUCCACCUUUCUGAUAUUUAAAGGGAUACUGUUCCACAGUUUAGUUGCAGUAACUAGAAAUGUGCGUCCACCCUCAGUUUCCCUCUUAUAUUUAGGGCAAAUGGCAUUAAAAUUAGCAUAACGUGUGUUACGCGAGUUACGUACAUUGUUCAAAAUAAUGUAGUCGCCAAGAUAGCUAGGUAAGUUAUUAUGUAUGCGUUUAUAAAAAAUGCACAUUUAUCAAUUUUACAUUGCUCGUAAAAAGGAAUCCAUGCUAAUUCAUUAAAUAGAGCUACUGAAGGUGCCUGUCGAUCUGCAAACAUGACAGUUCUAGCAGCCCGUUUCUGAAGUUUUAAAAUUCUGUUCAGUAAGAUCUUAUUGCAAGUACCCCAGAUGGUGCUGGCAUAACUCAUAACUGGCCGGAUGAUUGCAUUGUAAUAUUGUAGGCGUUGGUUAAGUGGCAAGUAGACCCGAAUUUUCCUCAAUACGGCUAUGCGAGAAGCUAGUUUCUUGCACACUUUUUCGAUCUGAUCAUCAAAUGAUAGUAACUUAUCAAUAUCAAGACCAUUACCAGAAAUAUGGGACAAGAUGGCGACGGACAUGCGCACUUUGACCAAAUAUGGCGACCAAAUAUUACUAUAAACUAUAUGGGAGUUGAUCAAAAUAUCAAAUUUUAAUAUACUUUGUUUAAAUAUUUCAUGGUUGCGGAGCUCGAUUAUAGUAGCGACACGAACAAGCAAUAUUUCUAAACAAAAAUCGCUAGUAUUGCACCGCGCCUAGCAGGUUCCUGAGAAUGUUGUAUUUUUACACGCAAUUCGAUGAAUUCAUAGUGUAAUUUAUAGUAAACUUGUGACACAAGAGGUAAAUAUCCGACGAAUAGACCAACAUCCAUUCGGACGAUGCAAAGUGCGGAGCUCGCGAUAUAUUUAAUGAUGUCCAAACUGUUAAUUUAACUAAAUAAAUCCGCUGUAAUUUCCAGGGAAACUGGUUCCCGAAACGUUUAAAAGUUCGCCUUUUUACGGUUCUUGUAUGUCGCCAUUAAGCCAUCUUAAUAUCCAAAAACGACAAGUUUUAAUACAAAUUUGAGCUGUUUCGAGCAGCCAUGUUUCUUGUUUAUUUGGAAGGACUAGAUCCCAGGCUCUCACGUAAAAAUACAGGGAUAUUUUAGGAUUUUUUAGGAUAUUUGCAAUAUUUUUAGUCUUGAUAAAAAUUUGCGGGGUUAAAGGUCGAAAUACCGGAAGUGAUCAGCAAAAACUGCAAAAUAUGGUUUAAAAUCACAGUUUUUGGUUGAAUAAUACUUGAACUGCAGAUUCAAAGUAAAAUGCGCAGUCGAAUUACUUAUAUUAGGCAAUGUUGGGCAUAUAAAACGGACUUAGCCGCUGACUACAAAAGCGGGAGCAAAAUGUCCCAUAUUUCUGGUAAUGUGCCCAAAGUGCGAAAAAGUGCUCAACGUUGGUGCUCCAAACAAAAAAAAGUGCUCAAAAAGUGCUCAGCGCAAUCGGGAAAGGCCUAUAAACCGAUGCAAUUCAGUUUCUAACUGCAAAAUUGGUAACAAAACAUAUUCCUAUUUUCAAUAUGUAUAACUUAACAGUCAACAACAUUGAAAUGCUGUAAAUGUCAUACCAAAUAGUAAUUCAUUGUUAUACACUGAGAAUCUAAUUUUGUGUCCAUGCAGGAAGUGUCGAAGACUAUUUGGAUUGAUUCCCUCUAAACCUACACCUGCUGCUGCUGAUUAUUACGAAGACUGUUGUCAAGGAUGGACAGAUAAAGGCCCUCUGGGAUGCCUAAAAAGUACGUGUUCCUAAUCUUGUGUUUGUGCCCGUGCUAGCAUAUUCAGGAGGGCAGUCGCUGUUUGCAAAUUUUGUAUUAAUUUGUAUUACGCACGGGAAAAUGCACCACUUUCGGCCCAAAUAUAUAUGGUGCAUUUUCCCUUGCGUAAUACAAAUUAAUACAAAAUUUGCAAAUUUUGCAGGGCUAUGUUUUCCGUAUUUUACAACAUUUCGCGGCCAAACUUUGCAAUUUUACUAAUUUUAACAUGCUUUUUCUAGCUGUUGUGACGGAUUUUAUUCUUCUUGCCUGGAUCAAAAUUUAGUGUAUAGCUGGGAUGAUCCAUUCCCAAUAAGAUCUGCGGCAAUGAUAGUUUGAUGCUUCGCCUUCGGUUUUUAUGAGUUAGGGUCAGCGGUUAGGGCCAGAUUUCUGGUCAAGAUCGGGAAUCACGUUUAGCAUUAUAAACAUAAAUAUUGAGUGAUGAAUCUAUCACCGUUCCCAGUGUGAUGUUGACUGCGCAAAUUCGGAGUGCAUGCACGAGGAUUGUUAAUUGCGUAAGUUCCCGUGAGCAUGACCAUAAUUCUCCUAUGAGAAACUUUUGUUUGUACGCAAGCGAGUCCUGCAAAAUUACAAGCCAUGUGGGCAGGCGUUUACUUUUCCAUGCAGCCCAACCCAAAUAAACACCUGCUUGCAGGCUAGGCUAGUGUUGUAUCCUGUACUUAAUUCAUUCCAGGCUUAACCUUUCACACACACACCCAUAUCAUAUAUCCUAAUUGCCUGUCAAUGCUUGUAUAUAUAUUUACUUAAUUCUAUCAAUAAAUUAGUCUUUGAUUACAACUAGUGCGAGUAGCAUAUAUGCUAGAGGUCUCUAUAACCCAAACAAGCAAGAUACAAAAGCUAGCCGGGUCGAUAUGGUCGCAAUUGAGAAGUUGCUCGCUUGGCUGGGCUCGCCUGCAUGGUAAAGCGAGCUAAUUUGGUCCAUGUAACCGAUCCCGUAUAGUUGUAACUAUACGAAAUUGGCAUUUCUCCCGAGACAUUUUGAUUGCAUGCCAAAACUUUAGUGUAGUUGGAAAAGGACGGGAUCAAGGCAUGUGCCACGUUCUGUAUUGAAUAAAGUGCGUGAUCGUAUGUUAGGAAAGUUCUCAGACGACCCGACGCUGCAUAAAGAGUUAACAGAAAAGAUUUAUAUAUUAUAUUAAGUAGGCUCCCUGCAGUUUCCAAUACCUGUCAGUGUUUUAAACUAAAAGAUAUUUGAAUCUAAAAAAACUAUUUUUUUGCACGUACAAGUCAUUGUUUCCUCUUAUAUAAAAGAGUAAUUUUAACUCAAUCGCUACUUCUCACGUUACCAUGACAACAUGGCGUCACCAUCUAUAUGGCCUAUAUCAACCAAAAAAGCGUCUUAGCGGACAAAUAACCACGGUUACCUACUAUUUUUUAUUGCAGAAAAUACAUUGUUAUGAAGUUUUGAAUCAUUUUUGAAAAUUAUUUGAAAAUUGCCAGUGUAGUUUUCGAGAAACUGAAUUUCGAUCAGCCUUUAAGAUUGCAUUUUAGCCUUUGGAAAGGCUGAAAUUCAGUUUCUCGAAAACUACACUGGCGAUUUUCAAAUAACUUUCAAAGAAGAUUAAAAAAUUCAUAACAAUGUAUUUUCUGCAAUAAAAAAGGUAGGUCACUGUGGUUAUUUGUCCGCUAAGACGGCUUUUUUGGUUAAUAUAGGCCAUAUAGAUGGUGACGUCAUGUUGUCAUGGUGACAUGAAGAGUAGCGAUUGUUGGUUAAAAUUACUUUUUUAUAUAAGAGGAAACAAUGGCUUGUGCAAAAAAUUAGUUUCUUUUAGAUUCAAAAAGCUUUUAGUUUAGAACAGUGAUAUAUUGGAAACUGUAAGGAGUCUCUUUAAUAUACUAAACACUAUGCCUUUUUAUUUUUAUCCUUCAAGAAACAUGCAUUGCGUUGCCACAGAAAGUACCGCAACAGAUAGGGGAACGCCGGAUGUGUCCGGCUGAACGUCUUCUGAACCUGGCUGAACAAAAUAUUUUUUACAAGCUAACCACUCCCCUUAGUGAACCGUUAAUAUAUCUUAACGAGACAACGAACCUCUUCGAAGCUGUACCUUUUCCAUUGUUGAAUCAACCAUCUAGCAAAGUGGUGCUACGCAGCGUUCUUUCCCCUACCCUUGAUGAGCAAGGAUGGGUGACUCGAUACCUUGGUAUGGCCCAACGAAACAAGAAACUCGUGGAAAAAACAAUGGAACCUGAAAAUCUUCAACCAUUUACAAAGUAUUCAGACCACGACCAGUUGUUAAAAAGUUACCGCAAGGAGCAAUCGAAACCUAUAAUUUCCAUUAAAAUUCCUGGAUCGGUAAGCAGUUUUUAGUAAUGUAUCUCACGAUUGCGCCUCUGUCACCAUUCCAAAUAUGCACACCAUAUGAACUUUGAAAUAAUUUCAUUUCGAUAUAUACAUAUCCUAUUUCAUAUCUACACAGCUUAAUGAAGCGAUCAUCGAGGUCUUUUUUAACUACAUACUAACUGAGGGAGGGCAAUCCCCUCUCCAAGAAUCGGAUUUGCACCCAUCUCCCCCAGUCACAAGUAUAACUGAAUGUAUUAAAUGACCACAAAAUAUAAUUUUAUAACCUGGCUACUCUACGAGUGUUCUCUACUUAUUGCCCCUAACAGCUUGCAAUUAUUUUCUGCUUUGUGGCCAAUUCACAGUUUAUUUUAGUGGUCUACACAGUAAAAACAAAUUGGUUAAAAUGACCAAAAAAAAUUGGUCGUUUGAAUGCGUCUGAGACAACCAGUUUAAAUUGGUCGUUUUAACCAAAAAAGUAAUUGGUCAAAUUGACCAAUUAUUUAAUUGGUCAAAUUGACCAAUUAUUUAUUGUUCAUUUUAGUGGCCAAUCCAAAGUUUCUUUUAAUGCGAUUUCCGCAGACUUCAGGGCUUUCAUGCACUUUUUGAGAUUUUUCUUAGUAAAUAAUUUUCGUAGUAAUUUUAGACAGUAUAUAGAAAAGAUUCCUGAAUUAAUCUUAUAGUUAUGAAUCGUUUGGACGGAUUUGUUUACUUGUUAAAUAAUUUUAUCCUUAUCCACAGAUUAUUUUGCAGCUUGUUGUUAUGUAUAACAUGCAGAUCGACGGGGAAAAGUGACAACAAAAUGUAGAUUUAGUAAAAAUCCUCAAAAUAGGAAUGAAAAAUUGACGUAUUCCUCAGUGAGCCCCAUACAGAUCUGGAGUCACAGAACUCGAGUCCACAUGAAACGUGAAGCCAAAUAUGGAGUUAUUGUCCUUGUCCUUUUCUGCGCGGUCUGCUAAGAGUGUGCCAGAAUAUCGUAUUAUGACUACGAUUUAAAGAAUAAUACACAAACUGGAAUUAGCCGGUAGACAUGGUACUAUAUAUAAUGGUUUACAAAUAGGUAUUAGACGUCAAUUCCGCCCUGUUUCAAAUUUAAUUUUCAAACCUUUAUCAAAGUUGGUUCCUCAAACAUUUUCACAUACAGAUUUUUGAACGUUUUUCAAAAUCAAAUCUUCCACAUUUUCAAACCUUUUUCAAACAUUUUUUAAAAAUAAAUAUGAACAUUCAUGUGGUUUAUUCGUUCGUUAAUUCGUUGGUUUGCGAUAGUUGAUAGGUAAAAUUAUUCGCUGCAUUUUUCUUUCUUCGAAUUUAUUCAACAAUUUAUUUCACAGGAACAAUCCUUUAACCUUCUAUCCAUGGAACAAUACAUGAAGUACCCUUCACAAGAAUUGCCGUUUAGAAAUAUCAUUGAGAACGAAGCUUGGCAAAGUGACGAUGUGUUUACGCAGCAACGCCUGGCAGGUUUAAAUCCAAUGUCUUUGAGAAAAAUGACGAUAGAAGGUGAGAAAAUAAAGGCAUAUAUGAAAUAACUGGAAUGGCAUAAAAUUGCAUGGAAAGAAUUCUUGCAAUAUUAUGAAUAGAGAAUAAUUAAAAUGAAAAAUUAUUUUUAUCAAUAAAUAUUUUCAAACGAAUUUCAGACAAAUGUAAGUGAUAAAUGUGUAUUACUAUAUAAACGGCGUGCAUGCGUCGAAGCCAUCGUACAAAGGUUCAAUUGCUAUAAGAGAAAACUUUAAAUUACUUAUGAUGAAUAUCAUUCACAUACGUGGUCAUGAUCAGUGGUGCCUAAAUUACUUUGACAUGUACUCGAGUAAAAGUAGAAGUAAUUAACAAUAAAGUGACUUGAGUAAGAGUAAAAAGUACUGGAGGCAAAACGUACUUAAGUAAAAAGUACUUGAAGUACAAGUAAAAGUGAAAGUACCAUUGUCUGUAGGGGGUGGGGGAUGGCUUCUCCAAUUGAUUUACAUCCAAAAGACACAAAACAGCACACGCAUAUUCAUAAUAUUUCACGGCAUUGUAUACUUUCCAGAUCCCGUUGAAGAUCUAAGAAAUCCAUUAAAUAAAUAAUGCUUAUAAGUAAGCCACAAACGAGAGAUCCCAGACGCAUGUAGAGGUCCUAUUACCUAUCCAAAAAUUAAAAUAAAUCAGGAAUAAAUCACGUAAAAUCAAACAAAAGUUAGAAAGUAACGAAGUACUUCGCCACAAAAUGAAAAUAGCGAAGUAUAACGUUAUAACGACUUCGUUCCAAGUAAAAAUACUCCAGAAAAGGUUUACUUUGUUACAUGCUGACUUCUCAAAAAUAAUACUCAAGUACAGUAACGAAGUACAUUUACUUCGUUACUUGACACCAUGCACUGGUCAUGAUUUAUACAUUUCUGUUAUAGUACCAAUUACUGAACUUAAAAAAGGAACUUCUGCAUGAUGGAUUCGACACGUCGUUCGUUAACAUUAACAAUAACGCUUGAUGCUUGUCUCAAAAUCGAAAAAAUAACAAUUGUUAAAAAGCUAUAUGUAUACUGUAUACUAAAGGAUGAUUUGGGAAACUUGUUGAUAUUUCAGAUUUUAAUCAAGAUUUCGUGAACAGAACCUACGAUUGGGACGCGGCAAUGGAACAAGCAUUGGGGAAAAAGUCUACAUUUUCUGAGGUAAAAGAGGAAAAAUAAAGACACAUGCACUAACUACAGUGAUAUACCAUUAACGAUCCAUAUUCCAAUCAUGCAAAUAGCAUCAGUGUCAACCGCUUUUAAGAUCUAUUUGAUCUUCUAUUAAAAAUUUAUAGCAAAUUCAGUUGCAGUAUAACAAAUAAUGAGCAGUUUGGCAAUUAGUAAAACUCUCAUUAAAAGAUAAUGCACGAAGCAAUUGGUUUCACCAUUCCUUUAUCAAUUACAUUGAACGGUAUUUACCGGGAUACACCAAUCACAAUCACAAAUUCAUAUAUCCUUUCUUGGGAAACGUGUAGACCGCUCUGCAUCGGCAAUUCUAUGUAAUGCUAUGAUCCAUCUCUGACUUGAACAACUGCCAAUUUUAUAAACAUUAUACUAUUGGUUAAUUUGGCGAAAAUGCAAUAGCUACAUGACGAUGAAUAAGCACCAAGCCAUAAUUAUUAUUUGGCAUAAACGUUGACCAACACAUUGAUCAUGAAUUGUAUUGUACAGUUGAGUCGCCAACGAACUACUAUAUGGGGAAGUAAUCUUAAUGCUCCAUUUCAAGUAACGAUGAAUCGUUUUUUCUUUUAUGUGUUCAGAUGAUCGAUUCAGGGAAAGUAUUCAUACUCGACUACCAAUUGCUUUAUGGUAUUGAUACCUUUGAGGACUACACAGAACGGAACACUACAGACAGGCGAGAAAUGAGGGGAUCACGAAGUCCGUUCUGUACGUUUGUUGUAGCCAACGUGGGAGGUGUUAAGAAAUUGAAACCAGUCGCGAUUCAGACGAACUUAUUUUCAG